AUGCGGAUCCUUUCAUGGAACAUUAAUGGUGUCAGAACUCUUCCUCAAUAUCACCCAUGGAAUACCUUCACUUCAUUUCAGGCAAUUCUGGAACAUCUCAAGGCAGAUAUAAUCUGCUUUCAAGAAAUGAAAACCUCGCGUUCCGGCCUGUCACGCUGUGCUGCUUUACCAGACGAUUUUGAAGCUUUCUUCUCCUUCCCACAGAAUAAAGGAGGGUAUAGUGGUGUCGCGGUUUACGCUAACUCCCGCACUGUCAUUCCCCUCCGGGCAGAGGAGGGUCUCUCCGGCAUCUUGCAGCCUAAACCACCUCUGACGUCGGAUGAUCGGAUAUCUCGUUCAUAUCCCUGCGCACAUGAAAUCGAACUAAUGCCGGACGAGCAUGGAUCAACCCCAAGCGAUUUCGCUGCCUUAGAUGCUGAAGGCCGUGCCCUGAUCGUAGACUUUGGCCUAUUCGUACUGAUUAACGUCUAUUGUCCAAACGAAACUUCUGAUGCUCGUCUUCCUUUCAAAAUAAAUUUCCAUGUCAUGCUGCAGGAUCGAGUCGAAAAGCUCAUGAAUGAAGGCCGGGAAGUUGUGGUCGUCGGUGACAUCAAUGUUUGCGCAACGCCAUUGGACCAUUGCGACGGUCAUCUUGCUAGUAACACUGCAACUUUCUACGACCAUCCUGCUCGUGCGUGGUUUCAUAGGUGGUUGAGUCCUAUUGGUUGCAUGACAGAUGCCGUGCGGACAUUCUGGCCUGGCAGAAAGGCAAUGUACACAUGUUGGAACACGAAAAUUUCAGCUCGAGAGACCAAUUAUGGUACCCGGGUUGACUACAUUCUCGUUACACCCGGUAUGCUUCCCUGGAUCAAGCACGGAGACAUUCAGCCAUCGCUCAAAGGCUCUGAUCACUGUCCAAUAUAUAUCGAUCUUCAUGACGAAAUAACAACUGACGCUGGCGAACGAUUAUUUCUCCGUGACGUCUUGCCAAUCGACAAGAAUCGGGAAGACCUGCCUCGGCUCGCAGCACGACGAUGGGAAGAGUAUUCCGGGAAGCAGAAACUGCUGUCCAUGUUUUUUGAGAAAGGGAACAAGCCGCAUCCACCUAGCAAUUCUCCGCUUUCGUCGCUUUCGCCCACUCCAGACACACAACUGCCCAGGGAUUAUUCUGGUGCUGCACAGCCCAAUCACACGCAGUCUGCCAUUCUUAUUCCAUCUCCAAAUUCCUCGCUGAGAUCUCGUAAUGCGGCGUGCGCAUCCACGAGUCAGCUCCCCGAACCAUUGCUACAGUCGAAUCCCAGUCAGUCACGCCAAACUGAGCCCCCAGCUAGUUCUACCAAACGCAAGUCAUCAGACAAUGCAGCCAAGAAAGCGCCCAAGAAAUUGAAAGGUGGUCAAAGCAAACUCUCCUCGUUCUUUGCGCAACCGACAGUCUCGCAUCCUUGCAGCCAAGAAAUUUCUCCGAGCGAGGUCACCGAUUACCAGGACUACAUAGAUUCCGACCAUCAGCUCGCACUCGAGCUUGCCGCUUCGCUUGAAAAUCCACUUUCACAGGGCUUAGCUACCUCAGCGACGCCUUCGGCUUCGCAGAGUAAAGCGGCGUGGUCACAGCUGAUGGCUCCCAUCCAACCACCAAAUUGUCUUGUACACGGUGAACCUGCGAAGGAGCACACCGUUAACAAGCCGAGUUCAAACAAAGGGAAAACUUUUUUCCUCUGUUCAAGACCUGUCGGCCCGGGGUAUGACAAAGGUAAAAGCGAACGUCUUCGCGAAGAGGUGGAUCACCGAUACCGAUGCAAUUUUUUUAAAUGGGGCAACGACGUCAGACGGGAAGCCAAAGACAAAUUUUCCGCCUCAUGA